AUGAAUUUUACUUUCAUCAUCUUAUCUGUCUUGGUCUCUUUCCAAGCUAUCAUGGCUUUACCUACUACUCUUAUGCCUCGGCUUGAAAGCCAAAUCGGCAAGGGCGGAAGAAUCGAUCAAAGAUGUGCUGGCCUCUAUAACGGUGGUUUUGCACCUGGUUUUUCCUACGAUAAUCGCGGGUUUAUCUCUGUUCCGUUUACUUCGGACUUUUACUACUCGAUCAAUCGAAACUACGGAUUUGAUAGCUGUAACGGGUACGGCGGGCAAUUCGCUUGGGGUCAGUGCUCCUACCCGGGCCAAUGCCAAGCCUCGUACAAUCACUACACGGGUAUCUUAGGUGGUGUCUUAGGAGGUGUCGGUGGGCUCGUGAGUGGUGUCGGUCAAGCGGUAGGAGGUUUAGUGAGCGGUGUUGGUGGUCUUGUGGGAGGGAUUGGGAACAGUCUUAGCCUCCUUUCGGAUCAAGAACUCAAGGCGGACACCAAGCAAAUUUAA